AUGAACCUCCAACUGCUUCAUGUCACUUUGUUACUGUGGGCUCUGUGCCCCAGUCUGCAGAACCAAUGUGAUAAAUCCUCAGAGAUAAGCAAACUGAAUCUCUCUGUGACCUAUGAGCUCCCAACAUUCACUUCAGAUUUCCCCAUCCAAAACAUGGUCAUUCUGGAUGACAUCAUCUAUGUCGGAGCAGUGAACAGAAUCUAUGCAUUGGCCCCAAACCUCACAAAGCUGUCUGAGUACAACACAGGACCACUGCUCCCCAGCGAAGCCUGCGGUGUGACCCAGACAAGGAAGAACAGCACUCACAGGGUUGACAACCACAAUGUUGCUUUGGUGGUAGAGGACCUUUACGAUAAGGGAUUGUUCAGCUGUGGUUCAGCUGAUAAUGGGGUUUGCCGACGUCACGUUCUGGAUGAAGGCUAUAGCCUGAAAGCUGUUGAUGAGGAUGUCUACUGCUUUGCGGACAAGGUAAAGCCAGGCGAGGGUCAACCUUUUGAUCCGGAUGUUGUUGUCAGUCAAUCAGGGUCGCAAGUGCUCAAUGUGGAGAGCAAUGUCAGUGAGUUUUUUGUUGGAAACUCUGAGAUUCCAAUCGUAGGAAAUAGUUCCUACAAUGCUACUCGUCCACACACCCUCUCACAGCGGAAGAUGAAAACGAGCCAAAACGGAUUCACUUUUUUUUCUAGUCUUUCAUACAUGGAUCUGAUCCCAUCUCUCCGAGGUAAUUACUACCUGCGGUACGUUUACACCUUCAAAAGUGGACCCUUCACCUACUUCCUCACAGUGCAGCAGGUGAACAAAGACACCAAGGCCUACCACACCCGUUUAGUCCGCAUGUGUUCCUCAGAUCGCCAGAUACGCCGCUAUGUGGAAAUGCCCCUUGAAUGCAUUAGCACAGACAAAAGGCGCAGACGUUCCACCGAAGAGGUGAAGGUUUUUAACAUCCUUCAGGCUGCCAACGUCACCAAGGUGGGCAACGAUGCAGAACUGCUGAAGCAGUUGAAGGUGGAGGAAGGUGAAGAUGUUCUGUUUGCCGCGUUCGCUCAAGGGAAGCCACACUCGCCGGAGCCAACCACUAACUCGGCUGUUUGUGCCAUGUCACUGAAACACAUCAACAACAUGUUCAAGAUGUACAUGCAGAAGUGCAACACAAUCAACCCAUACCACUUCACUGGCUCGGAUGAGAAGUCCUGCUACAAUGUGACUUCCUCAGAUGACUGCGACCCCCACGAAGGAAUCCAUGAGGGGAAAGAGGGCAAGUACCGCCUGCAGGUGACCCAGUUUGUCCAGAGGUUGGAGUACUGGCAUAAAGACCUGAAAAACACCUUGGUCACUUCAAUUACAGUGGUUCUAGUCAAUGGUCGCACUGUAGCAUAUCUUGGGACAGCAGAUGGACGACACAUACAGGUGUUGUUCUCUCGAUAUGCCUCUCCCCAUGUAAACAUCGCCCUCGACUCCAAUCCUGUCACUGCCAGUGUGGUGCUGCCAAGGACCCCCCAGUCAGAGGGGGCAGUGCUGAUGGCGACAGGGAACAAGAUCACCAAGAUCCCUCUGAUUGGCCCAGGCUGUGGUCAGCUGACUACCUGUACGUCCUGCCUGCUGUCAUCCAGAGUGACCCAAUGCGGCUGGUGUGAUGGCCGCUGCACCAGAAGGAACCAGUGCUCAUCCUCCUGGGUUCAGGAUAACUGCACGCCAGUCAUUACUAAGGUGUUCCCAUCAUCAGGACCAAUCAGAGGCUCGACAACAGUAACGAUUUGUGGACACAACUUUGGCUUCGAUAAGACAGAGAACUUUAAAACCUCGAUGGUGAACGUGGAGGUGGCUGGAGCCACCUGUAAGCUGGCUCGACAGGACCGUAUCAACAGAUGGACUGAGAUCCAGUGUUCCCCAGUGUUCAGUGGGAACUUUACGCCAUCCGGACAUUUAGUAAAGGUUACCAGUGGCCACAAGGUAUCCAAACUGGAAGGCUUCAAGUUUGUGGACCCAAUGAUCAACGACAUCUUUCCCACAUUUGGUCCAAAGUCUGGAAACACCAUGUUGACCAUCAGAGGAGCCUUUCUGGACACUGGGAACAAACAAGUGGUGACCAUAGGGAAGGCAAGCUGUAAGAUCCAGAGCCUGUCGUCAACCAUGCUGACCUGUAGGACGCCGCCACAAGUCGUUCCCUCAGAGCAGCCGGUGAAGCUGACGGUGGAUUCAGUGGAACGUCAUGCUCCCGUCCCGUUCACCUACAACAAAGACCCAAUCAUCAGCAGCAUUGAGCCAUUACGCUCCUUCGUGAGUGGAGGCUGCACGGUGUCGGCUCAUGGCUCCAACCUCCAAUCCGGCCUCCAACCACAGAUGGUUCUCACCACCAGUCAGGAUGCUACAGUCUUCCCUGUGGGCUGUGUGUAUGGAGAAAACCGGACCUCCAUCCAGUGUACCACGCCUUCCCUAGCUAAGCUUGGCCUUCAGCCUCCAGUGGUCACCAAGGUGGCGUUUGUCUUGGAUGGCUACCUAACAGAUCAGAAAGAUCUGAUCUACGUGGAGGACCCGCUGUUCCAGGACCCUAAACUCACAUCUAAGGACAACAAGAGCAUUGUGGAACUCAAGGGGGAUCGAAUGGACAUGGAGGCGAUGAAGUGUAAGGUCCUGACCGUCUCCAACCACAGCUGUGAAAGUCUGACCAUGGUAGGAAACACCCUGGAGUGCACCGUUCCCACCGAGCUGCAGGCCGCCACAGCCAAGGAGCUCCAGGUGGAGUGGCGCCAAGCGACAGGCAUCAGGAAUCUGGGCAAGGUGACGAUCGCGCAGGAACAGGACUACACAAGCCUCAUCGUCGGCUGCGUUUGUGUCAGCCUUGUGCUUCUACUUCUGUUGUCACUGCUGAUGUGGAGGAGGAACAAACACAUUGAUGAUCUUUCUGAGGUGUGGUAUGAUGGCCGGGGUCACAUCCAGCAUCUGGACAGGCUGGCUAACGCGAGGAGCGUCAGCCCCACUAACGAACUGGUGUCCCACGAAUCAGUCGACUAUAGGACAACCCUGCUGGAGGAUCAGGGUGUCGACAGGCCCGAGACAUGUCGGGCCGCUCCUCCCGUCUACAGAGCCAAUGGGGAGCUGCUGUCUCCCAGACUGCGAACACCAGGGAGUGGGAUUGGCCUGGGCAUGGAAGGGGACUUGGUAUCACCCCUCUUGAUGGCUCCUGUCCACAUCGACCCAUCCUGUCUUCACCCAGACCUGCUGACUGAGGUGCAGCAUGUGGUGAUCGCAAAGGAGCAACUGCUGCUUCACGUCAACCAGGUCAUCGGCAGAGGCCACUUUGGCUGUGUUUUCCACGGAACGUUGCUGGAGUCAGAUGGGCAGAAACAACACUGUGCAGUCAAGUCCCUGAACCGAAUUACAGACUUGGAGGAGGUUUCCCAGUUUCUGAAGGAGGGUAUCAUCAUGAAAGACUUCAGCCACCCCAAUGUUCUCUCUCUGCUGGGCAUCUGCCUUCCACCUGAGGGCUCGCCAUUGGUGGUCCUGCCCUACAUGAAACAUGGCGACCUUCGUAACUUCAUCCGCGAUGAAGGACAUAACCCAACAGUGAAGGACCUGAUGGGCUUUGGGCUACAGGUGGCCAGGGGGAUGGAAUAUCUUGCCAGUAAGAAGUUUGUCCACCGAGACCUGGCUGCCAGAAACUGCAUGUUGGAUGAGAGCUACACAGUAAAGGUGGCAGACUUUGGUCUCGCUAGAGAUGUUUACGACAAAGAGUAUUACAGCGUCCACAACAAGAGCGGAGUCAAGCUGCCCGUUAAGUGGAUGGCUCUUGAAAGUCUCCAAACCCACAAGUUCACCACCAAGUCAGACGUGUGGUCUUUUGGAGUUUUGCUCUGGGAACUAAUGACACGUGGAGCCCCACCAUACUCUGAUGUGAACUCCUUUGACAUCACGGUCUUCCUCCUGCAGGGGAGGAGACUGCUGCAGCCGGAGUUCUGCCCUGAUGCUCUCUACACGGUGAUGAUCGAAUGCUGGCAUCCAAAGCCCGAACGCCGACCCUCCUUCUCAGAGCUGGUUUCCCGCAUCUCCGCCAUCUUCUCCAGCUUCAGCGGGGAGCACUAUGUCCUCCUUAACACCACCUACGUCAAUAUUGAGAAGAUGACCCCCUACCCUUCGCUUCUCAGCUCCACGUCGUCUUCUUCGGGUUCCUCCUCUGAGCCCUCCACCUCCACGUCCCUGCCCUCCCACACGCCGCUCCUCUGUCGCGUGGAGCGCGAUUGUUGCACCUGAAAGACUAAGGAAGAGUUGGCAAUCGUCACUGGACAGUCAGACUCUGAGAGGGAGAAAGCAAGGAACUACUGUCUGUCGAUGCUAAACACUGGACACUGCGUGCCGAGGACUCCACAGAUCUCUUUGGGCCUUAGACUGUUUUCUCAGCGUAAAUAGAUUGUGAUCCUUUGGAAAUCUCAAUCUGAAAAGAGCGUCUUCAAGAGAUGACCUUCUUGACUCCCACCACAAACCUUGAGGAGCACAGUUGCUGUCAAAGAGUUUCAGCUGACAAAGCCUUCCUGGCAAAAAGCACAUCUUACUUGCAGGUUUCUCCUCCCCUCGUGAUGGAAUGUGCUUGAAGAAAACAAUGUCUUCACCUUCACUCUGUAAUGUGAAUAAGUAGGAAAGGGCCAUGUACUGUUUUAUAAACCCCUCUCUUCUUUAUAAAUUCAAAUUGAGACAGUUUAGCCUGCUCUGGUGCAUUAUGGUGUUCCUGGUGGCUAAAGUCGGCCGCAGCAGCAAGUGUGAAGCCCCUGCUGCUGUGUGCAUUUCACUGGAUAAUUUAUUUGUAUUCCGACCUUUAGACAGAUAGCUUUCACAUGGCUGAGGACAAAAAAAAAGCUUGUAAGUGUGGCCCACCCUUGUGAAACCCCCCAGAUGGUUUCUAGGUCAGUUAAUCAUAUAUGAGCAAAAACUCGCACUUGAAAGAGCUUGGGUGAUAUGGAGGGAAUUUUGUUCUAUUAUUUUUGCAAUCAACAUAUUUUGUAAAUAAUUUUUUUUUUUAUUCAAUCCACAGACAAAAGUUUUAAAAACUUAAUAAUCAAAAACAGGUUUGACAGUAAGUUUGCUAGUUCUUAGAUUUUAUUUUGUUCCCACAUUUUUUCAUAUUAAUUGCAGGUUUUCUUCCUUUUUUUCUUCACAGAUUCUAUAUUUUCUAACCGUAUUUGUUCAAAUUUCUCUUGUGUGUACAGGAGUUUUAUAAAUUGCAUUAGUUUCUUCACUUUAAGCCCCAUACAAACACUCGCUCUUGACCAACAAAAAUGUUGUUGCUAACGUCCAGCAGACCAAUAGGAAAGGCAUCAUGCUUCUUCACUCCAGAGGGAUGCCCACCUGGAGUGAAAACUAUAGCCCCAUUUCCACUACCCUCUGAAAACCGAUCCGAGUCCGGACCGAGCUUGGAUCAGUUAUCCGUGCCGAGCUUGAUUCCUUACGACCUUUUACUGAUCAUGCCAGUAUGGUUCCUCGCCUCCUAGUGACGAUCUACGGCACUACUGCUAUCUACAGGUAACCAAGCAAAUCAAUAUGGCGGCGCCCGUAAUAUUCAGGAAGUUUGGUUAUAAUUGUGAUGUUUUUGUUCUUUGCGGAGAGUCAGGCGAAGAUGGCAGCCUUUGGUGAAUUUUCUUGACAGAGUCGGCUUUUGGGAAGUGGAUAUGACAGACGAUAGUCUAAUCACGGCUUACAGACGCACAAUGACAGACCCUGAAGUUCUUUACUAAAACCCAAGCAGAAUCAUCACUGGAAAUCGUAUGGCACGGUUGAGAAGCUAGUAUUUUUAUGAAUGUCUGAAAUUUCAUGAUUACGUAAGGCUGACUAGAUAACGCGGUCUGCUCAUGCGCUCGUUGUUAUCGGAGAACCGCUCCAGAACUGAACCACACCGAGGCCCUACUGAUGAACUAGUUCCAGUUUAGUACGGUUCGGUUCAGUUUUGCGUGCCAUUUACACUCAAUAGUUAUCUCUGUUACUGUGCUUGGGCCGAUCUCGGCACGGUAUCAAAAAGGUAGUGUAAAUGGGGCUAAUGUCACCUGGAAAAUGCACUUUGAAAAAAAAUGGAAUUGGCAAAAUUUAUUCUAAAAAGAGGAA